AAUCAUAUUGAUUUGUAGGCCGGGUUUUUGUUGCUGCCUUCAUCCAUGCUUGGAUUACGCAAUUUUAUUUUGUAAACAUGGCAUCAAUAAAGCCAUUGCACCUUUCAUCAUCAGUGUAUCAAGUAUCGAAGGUAGCAGGUGCAUCCAGUUUUAAGAGCAGAUAUUUAAGCAGAACAUAUGCAACACUAACUCAAGAACAGAAGGAGAAGAUAGCUAAAGGACCUAGCCUGUCUGACUUCAUUGAAGGUGAAUUUGAAGUGGAUGAAGAGACUCAUGGCUACGAAGGAACUUUGAAGAAAGAAAAGGGUAUCAAAAGAUUACGUCUUCCACCAUGGCUAAAGACUGAGAUACCUAUCGGGAAGAGCUACAGUGGUAUUAAGAAGAAUCUGAGAAACCUCAAUUUACAUACAGUUUGUGAAGAAGCCAAGUGUCCUAACAUUGGUGAAUGCUGGGGCGGAGGAGAGCAUGGUACAGCUACAGCUACAAUCAUGAUUCUUGGGGAUACCUGCACAAGAGGCUGUCGAUUCUGCUCUGUUAAAACAGCUAGGAAGCCACCCCCACCAGAUCCUAAUGAACCAGUGAACACAGGUGCAGCCAUUGCAUCCUGGGGAGUAGAUUACAUAGUUCUUACAUCAGUUGAUAGAGAUGAUUUACCUGAUGGUGGGUCAGCGCACUUUGCUGAAACUGUGAGGGAGAUUAAAAGACAGAAUCCUACCAUCCUGGUGGAGUGUCUUACCCCAGACUUCAGGGGGGACUUAGAGGCAGUGGAAAGGGUAGCAGUGUCGGGACUAGAUGUGUAUGCUCACAACGUUGAGACAGUCAGCAAGUUACAAAAAUUUGUCCGAGACCCUAGAGCCAAUUACAAGCAGUCUUUGACAGUCCUGGAGCAUGUCAAGAAGAUCAGACCAGAUGUAUUCACCAAGUCUUCCAUCAUGUUGGGGUUAGGAGAGACCGAUGAUGAGGUCUUUCAAACCCUUAAAGAUUUACGAACUGCAGGAGUCAGUUGCCUGACGCUAGGUCAGUACAUGCAGCCCACCAAGAGACAUCUCAAAGUCACGGAGUACGUGACCCCCGAAAAGUUCAACUACUGGGAGAAGGUCGGGAACAAGCUGGGCUUUGCUUACACAGCAAGUGGUCCGUUAGUACGAUCGUCUUACAAAGCAGGGGAAUACUUUUUAACCAACAUGGUGAAAGAGAAGAGGAGAGAAAGCACCAUUUCUUCAGCAUCGACGGUGAGGAUAGGAGAAAGCGAGGAAACGCGUUUAUGAACCUUCGCACGAUCUAGUAUCCUUACUGUUUUUAAUUUCUACUUUGAUGUUGAUUCUUGAAUUUCAUCCUGAUAAUGGACACUCACCACCCCCCCCCCCUACAAGUGCAGAACCCCAAUUGGAACUCAUAUCAAGGAACAUUGGUGGACUAAAGCCAGUUGGUCCAAAACUAUUUUGUCUACCUUUGACAAAAUGGCUGAAAUGCAUGAAUUUUUUUUUCUAUGGUUCCUGAUGACUUUUCUUUUCAUGAUCGGAUGUGAAAUGAUUUGUCUGUUGAUAUACAAAAGGUACAGUAAAAACAAUUUUAAAUUUUAUGAGAAAUUACAUUUCAUUGAUUUUUUUUUGCCAUUCGCCAUGUAGAAAUGCUGCUCGCAUAUGAUGUCACAAAUCAAAUGAUUAAAUUCUAAUAACUUUUUAAUUCUUUGAUUUUUGUGUGCUAUUUUUAGAAUUAACUUUUUGUCAGGGUGAACUUCCCCCUUACGCAUUUGACAAAGUGGAGUUGCAAUUCACCCAGUAGAGCUACUUGAUCUAAUAUCACUUGAUCUGAUGUUAUUUGGUCCAAUACCAUUAGAUGCAAUAUCAUUUGGUCUGAUAUCAUUUGGGAGUUUCAUUAUUUUGUUCUGUUGAUCAUUCCCUCAUCUUUGAAUGAAAAAUAAAGAUGUAAUUGAAUACAAAUAAGGUGUGGAUGAUGUUAGAUGGUUGCAUGGGUGUAUGGGAAAUCACAGAAGCUGUGUAAACGGUACAUCUGGUGGGUCCUAGAACUAAGAAGAGUGGAUAGAGGUAGGAAUGAAAUGGCGAGGCAAGAUACUGGAAGGUUCAAGGUAUUACUAAUCUUUUGAGAGAUAAGAGUAGAAAAGGUGAGCGGCUUGAGUAGUUGGAGAAAUGAGAAAAUGCUGGACUAAGAUGGUUAGUCAACCUGCCAGAAGUUUGGAUUCCCCUCUCAAGUCUCGCUAGAGCUACAACUCCACUCGACUCUCCUUUUCACUUCUACCUCUAUCCACUUCUUAGUCCAUCUAGGACUCACCAUAUGGUGCACUGGAGAGAUGUAGGCGCGGCUUGUACUUCCAAGUCACGAGGCCUUUGAAGAAAACCUCCCAUAGACUCUGUACACGUGACUCGGGCCGAGGCCAAGGCCGGUAAAAUGUGACCUUUUACGGUAAACCUCUUCCACUAAAGGAAUAGUCCUGUGGCUGGCUUACAAAUGACAUUCAUCAUUUCAAUCAAUCUUAUACAGAACUUGUGAUCAAUGUCAACUAUGGAAGGCCAAUAAUUCUUAAAUAGAGUCCAAAUUUCUGAGGAUUGCAGUCUUAAAGAAAUGCUUAUCAUUCUAGAUAAUUAUUUGCACCUUAAAGUAACGUCUGAUUAUUAAAGUUUACUGGUCACUGCUCAAAUUAAGGUUUUGGAAUGAUGUCCUGUAUGUUUAUAGUUCAUUUGGGAUUGUAUUGACACUUUUUUGCAGUAUUUAUCAAAUACUUGGAUAUUUUUAUUGAUUCUUAUAUUGUUUUCAAUUUUUUUUUCAACCAUAUUUCCUGUUCACGAUUCUUUUUAACCUAUACCUUUGAACGGAUUGUAAUUUUAAUGUAUGAAUGAUAGUUUUCCUCUGUAUAUUUAUUUCCCAAGAGAAUGUAAUCAACUUUCAACAGUUUCCACACCAUAUUCUUUUCAUGUUAAUUAUAUCAUUGUAUAAUUAGAAUGCACAGUACAUGUAUUGCACUUCAAACCAUCCAUACAUGUAGGUUGGCCUAUGCUUGUACAUGUAUCUAUGGUACUGAUUCUUUAUGAGUUGCAUAUACUGCAGACUCUGCAGUGCUAUCUGCGUAACUUACACAUUGAAAUUUAAUCUAUUCUUUGUGGGAGAUGGGGAAAUACUUUCACUUUUCAUACGUAAGUCAAUGAUAGGUACUUCAUAUCAUCAGCUGAUUAAUUAACUGAAGGAGGGCAUUCAUAUAUCAGGAUUAAAGGACAACUAAACUUGUGGAAUACAUUUGUUUUUGUAAUCUGUGUGAAGGCAGAAAUAUAAAGAGACAACAGAAUGAUAGAAUUUUGACUGAAAAAAAUCCAAGAGAUAAAAUUGUUUAAAAUUUGUCUGAACUUUAUUAAAAUAUAUUUCUUGGACGGAACAUGUUAUUUGCCAAUACUGCAGCAAAUUUGACUAUUAUGAUUUCGAUUGGAUUUGCUACAGCUGGGAUAAUAUUAUCCAGGUCCUUUGAAAGUGCAUGUUUAGAGUAAUAUGCGUUGUGCAAGAACUGUUUAUAAUUAUUAAUUAUUAUUCAUUAAUAUCAAGUUGUAUCUUACUCAGAUCAGAUAUGGCCUUUAUAUCUCUUAUCUCUUACUUCCAAUUCUAAUAAUAAAACCCAUUUUGCUGUUGUUGGAUGUACUGCAUAUCUCAUGCAUCAAAGAGUUCUUUCUCACAGGGGUGGUGAUAGAGCAGGCCAGGAAGGAAACAAACAGCCUACUUAUAUGUUCCAAAUAGUGGGGGGGGGAGAAAGGAAAAGAAAGAAUAAAGUAAAGUAUCAUUCACAGAUAUCUGCAUUAUGAAGCUCUAUAUUGUCCCUGUAAUUGAAUUGAGAGAAAAAAGAAUAGAUAUAAAAUUUUAGAUGUGUUGCCCCUAUUCAAAUUUCCCUGGUGCCACCCUGCUUUAUCAUUAUAGCUAGUUUCAAUUUUAACAAACCUAAUUGAGUCAAAGCAGUGAUGGCUUCAGUUAUGAUGAACUUUCACUUUUGCUUGUUUAAGAUAUUAACACAAAGAGUGGUUCUAAAUAACCACUGAAGUACUUGAUUAUAACUCUCAUAUAUAUUAUAUGACAUUCAUGGAUGGUUUAAAUAUGGGGGUAUGCUCGAGUAUGAUUGUAUGUUUUACAUAUGUUAUGAAAUAAAAUCUGCAAGAUGAUUUAUGAAAAUGAAAGAGAGAGUAAUUUAUUGUAUAUUUAUGGAUAUCUUACUGAUAUCACCCCAUGCCUGCAUAUCUCCUUGAAGAUUAUGAUAUUACAUUGUUAUGUUGCAUUGAUAAGCUGAAUUCUAUGUUGAUGUACAGUAUGCACUUUAAAAAUGCAUUUGAAUUAUCAAAACAUGUUUAAGAAUGAUUAUUAAAAAGGUAAAUAUCUACUUGAUAUGAACCUAUGGCAA